AUGUCGUCCCGGUCAGUCCAGAAUUGUGGACUAAGUGACAAAGAGAAGACCAUCACAUGCUACUACCUGGAAGCUUUGCUGAUUCUCAAACAUCUUCGCAAACCAUCUGUGAUCCAAAACCUGAUGGUGAAAGAUUGGCUGGAGAGGAGAUAUAACACCUAUAUUGAUGGAAGCGCCAAAAAGAGGGUCUGCGUUGUGAAAACACAAGGGACUGCUAUUGUGCUUACAGAUGAGGAGGAGUCGCUGUUCAGCACAUAUUUUAAAGAUAUCCGACCAACCCAACUGGCAAAGGAAUCAAAGACAGUGGAACAGUUCUUUGUGUCGUGCAAAGGAAAACCAGUCACAAAUCCGUGCAAUGACUUAAAGAGACUACAUGAGAAGUUUGCGAUACCUGAAGUAACUGGAAAAGGGGCAAUAGAGGCAUUUGAUCAGUGGGCGGAUGACAAUCUAUGUCCGGAAGAUAGAGACAUUGCUAAUAGUUAUAUCCACCUGGACAUCACCCAACACGGAUUCAGUGAAAAUGCAGUUAUCCGGGGGAUGUAUAUUCUCACAACAUUGAGGGGCGAAAAGGGAACUGAGAGUAGUGGAGCGUCUCCUAAAAAGAGGAGGAGAGAAGAAGAAGAUCAAGAAGAAGAAGAGGAAGAAGAAGCAGAAGAGGAAGAAGGAGGAAUGGAAAGCACUGCAAGCGUUGGAGAUCUUGUAGACCUUAAAGAGGAGAGCUUCCAAAAAUUACUGCAAAUAUAUCCUUUAGGCCUCAACCAGUCCCCUCCAUCCUUAAAUGUAUGUAGGCAGGCCAGCCAACCCCAUGCACAAUACUGCCUGGAUAAAUGGAGACGAACCCAAUAUAGAGAUCGGAUCAAGGAUGUUGUCGGAUUGCUUCAAGAUCAUCGGCCAAGUGAAGAGGAGGUGAGGAAAUGCAUUGGGCGGCAGCGAUGGAAGAAAAACUCACCAAGGAUCAAAGACAUUUUAGAGCAAUGGAAGAAACAGUGAUUUCAGUGGAAACAGGGACAUUUGCUUUUUGUUGUUUUUAUUUGAUGUGGUUUGGCAUGAUGGGGUUUGCUGAAUAAACAGAAUUUCGUUAUUUUUUGGGACUGUGAUAAUGGGGUUUGUUCGGGGUUUGAGAUAAUGGGGUUUGUUUAAUAAAAGCAUUUACAUCAUUUUUUUG